GGGUCACAUUGUGUGGGUGGCUUGGUCAACUGGGAUGACCAGAGUGGUGUCAGGCUCACACGGGUGACGAGUGGCUCUCCCAGACCCUGAGGACCCGGUGGAAAGCUUAGACUUGGGCACCGAGCAAGAAUGCGUGAAAUCGUACACAUCCAGGUUGGCCAGUGUGGUAACCAGAUCGGAGCCAAGUUCUGGGAGGUGAUUGGCGAGGAGCACGGCAUCGACCCUGUAGGCAGUUACCAUGGCGACUCGGCCCUGCAGCUGGAGAGGAUCAGCGUGUACUACAACGAGGCCCAUGGUAAGAAAUAUGUGCCUCGAGCUGUCUUGGUGGACCUGGAGCCUGGGACGAUGGACAGCAUCCGAUCUAGCAGACUCGGAGCCCUUUUCCAGCCUGAUAGUUUUAUCCACAGUAACUCCGGGGCGGGCAACAACUGGGCCAAGGGCCACUACACCGAGGGGGCCGAGCUGAUCGAGAGCGUGAUGGACGUGGUGAGGGGCCAGAGCGAGCGCUGUGACUGUCUGCAGGGCUUCCAAAUUGUGCACUCCCUAGGCGGGGGCACGGGCUCAGGCAUGGGCACACUGCUCCUGAGCAAGAUCAGGGAGGAGUUCCCCGACCGCAUCCUCAACUCCUUCAGUGUCAUGCCAUCGCCCAAAGUCUCCGACACCGUGGUGGAGCCCUACAACGCCGUGCUGUCCAUCCACCAGCUCAUCGAGAAUGCCGACGCCUGCUUCUGCAUCGACAACGAGGCGCUCUAUGACAUCUGCUUCCGCACCCUGAAGCUGACCACACCCACCUACGGGGACCUCAACCACCUGGUGUCCCUGACCAUGAGCGGCAUCACCACAUCGCUGCGGUUCCCGGGCCAGCUCAACGCCGAUCUGCGCAAGCUGGCGGUGAACAUGGUGCCCUUCCCGCGCCUGCACUUCUUCAUUCCUGGCUUCGCCCCACUCACCGCCCGCGGCAGCCAGCAGUACCGCGCCCUGUCGGUGGCCGAGCUCACCCAGCAGAUGUUUGAUGCCCGCAACAUCAUGGCAGCCUGCGACCCGCGCCGAGGCCGCUACCUGACGGUGGCCUGCAUCUUCCGGGGAAAGAUGUCCACCAAGGAGGUGGAUGAUCAGCUGCUGGCCGUGCAGACCAGGAACAGCGACUGCUUCGUGGAGUGGAUCCCCAACAACGUCAAGGUGGCCGUCUGCGACAUUCCGCCCCGGGGGCUCAGCAUGGCCGCCACCUUUCUAGGCAACAACACGGCCAUCCAGGAGCUGUUCCGCAGGGUUUCGGAGCAGUUCUCGGCCAUGUUCAGAAGGAAGGCAUUUGUGCACUGGUACACCAGUGAGGGCAUGGACGUCCAGGAGUUUGGAGAGGCGGAGAGCAAUACCCAUGACCUGGUGUCCGAGUACCAACAGUUUCAAGACGCCAAGGUGGCUCUGGAGGAAGAUGGAGGGGUUGCAGAGGGGGAGGAGGCCGGGCCAGAAGACAAGGGACGUUAAGGAGAGAGAAGCUGCCUGGCGGACGCCAUCAGCUGGAGGGACAGCACAGCCACGUUUGGAAGCAGCUCUCUGAAGAUUAGUGUUUUCCCUCGAGCAUCCGAAGCCUGUUCUGCACUGCAACGCCCUGAAUGACACAACUCACUAUUUGCUUGGAGAGGGGUGGGGGGAGAACUGAUAGGCACUGGGGUCUUCUGCUGGCAUUUAGUCACCUUGAAGGGCUUGAUUGCCAGUGCACUCUGUUAACUUUUCUUCUAAUAGCAAAGUGAAUUUAUCAUAAAGUGCUCUUUAUUUAAAAAAAAAAAAGUGUCUUGGGUAUUCAUUGUUUGCAUAGCAGGGUGCCAGGCAUCGGGCUGCACAUGUGGGUUUGUGGGGAGCCACUGUGGGUAACACUGAUUUUUAACUCUUUAGUGGCACUUACACACACCCUGGAAUCCUGGCCUGGCACCCCGGUGGCUAAGACUC